CCCGCGCCGGCAGGGGCCACUGUUUUUAGGACAAAGCUAUCGAAAGCAUCCUGCUAACAACAACAUAAUUUCCUGGACAGUUUGCGUUCAAUUUAAGCCCCACAUAAAGGGGGCAGGCUGCUUUCGUCUGACGUUUACUGAUGCCGAUGGGCGUGAGAACCCAGCACUGACGAGUGGAAGCAGCACAUUCCUUCUCUCUUCUUCACCCUCUCGCCCCACGACACCUCCUGUCACGCUGGCAAUGUCAAGAGUCCCGAGUCCCCCUCCCCCGGCGGAAAUGUCCAGCGGGCCGGUGGCUGAAAGCUGGUGCUACACACAGAUCAAAGUGGUGAAGUUUUCUUACAUGUGGACCAUCAACAACUUCAGCUUCUGUCGUGAGGAGAUGGGCGAGGUCAUCAAAAGUUCCACCUUCUCUUCAGGGGCCAAUGACAAACUCAAAUGGUGUUUGCGAGUGAAUCCCAAAGGGCUGGAUGAAGAGAGCAAAGAUUAUCUGUCCCUGUACCUGCUGCUGGUCAGCUGUCCCAAGGCAGAGGUCCGUGCAAAGUUCAAGUUCUCCAUUCUCAACGCCAAGGGAGAGGAGACCAAAGCCAUGGAAAGCCAGAGGGCGUAUCGCUUCGUCCAGGGUAAAGACUGGGGCUUUAAAAAGUUCAUCCGGAGAGACUUCCUCCUGGAUGAAGCUAACGGCCUUCUACCUGAUGACAAGCUCACGCUUUUCUGUGAGGUGAGUGUGGUGCAGGACUCGGUCAACAUAUCUGGUCAGAACACUAUGAACAUGGUGAAGGUGCCUGACUGUCGGCUAGCGGACGAGCUGGGGGGGCUGUGGGAGAACUCACGCUUCACAGACUGCUCCUUGUGUGUGGCCGGUCAGGAGUUCCAGGCCCACAAAGCCAUCCUAGCAGCUCGCUCGCCUGUGUUCAGCGCCAUGUUUGAACAUGAAAUGGAGGAGAGCAAAAAGAACCGUGUGGAGAUCAACGAUGUGGAGCCGGAAGUCUUCAAGGAGAUGAUGUGUUUUAUUUACACAGACAAAGCUCCUAACCUGGACAAGAUGGCAGACGACCUGCUUGCUGCAGCUGAUAAGUACGCUUUAGAGAGACUGAAGGUCAUGUGUGAAGACGCUCUGUGCACCAGCCUGUCUGUGGAGAACGCUGCAGAGAUCCUCAUCCUGGCUGAUCUGCACAGCGCCGACCAGCUCAAAACACAGGCGGUCGACUUCAUCAACUACCACGCUGCAGAGGUGAUGGAGACAGCAGGUUGGAAGUCCAUGGUUGCAUCUCAUCCUCACCUGGUAGCUGAAGCUUACCGCUCCCUGGCUUCUGCCCAGUGCCCUUUCCUCGGACCCCCACGCAAGCGCCUCAAACAGUCCUAACAGCAUCACGCCCUGGCAUCUGCACACAUUCUUGCCCUCGCACGCAUGCACACACACACACACGCAAAUACACCCAGGUCUACCCGUUUCCUAACACACAGGGAUGUAACCGUUCCCCUUUGCUGUUACUGCUACACUACCUAGAGCCACCCUCAAAUCUCUCCUUCCUGCCUGAUUCAGAACCUGCUGUAUCUAGUCUCUUCUAAAGAUGGAGGUAGGAAGAGGAGGAGAGGGAGGAAAGAGAGAGCUGGGCUUGUGAAGUGGAUGUUUGUGAUUUACAGUAAAUGAAAUACACCCACAGCACCCUCCUGUGUUUCCUCGGCUCUGGCUUAUUGAAUUCUGACGUUGUCAUCUUCUUCGUGUAUCCUCGGAAAUCGUGCUAGUUCCUAAUUUGGUGGAGGAAGAUCUGGACCCAGUCAAACUGUCUGGAGAUGUGUAGCUUUGAAGGACUGUAGCUAAUAAAGUGAUCUGAGAAGCACCCACACGUAAGGACUCAAAGGAUCAUGAUUGAAUCAUGAAGAUGUAACGAAGGUUUAGUUCUAAACUAGAAGACCCCAAGAACGACAACCAAGGGCUAGCAAAAAAAAUGCAAAAAUGGGGAGGAUAAAAAGAAAAUAAUUUCUGUAUAGACCUGGAGAAAAUUGCACUAAAGUCACAGAUCAGCUCUUGCCAGCAGUGAUGUAGAGAUACUGCAGGCAAGCACACGACAAAGCAAACUUCCUGGACUAAAGACCCAGCUGGACCACCACCAACUAAUACCCUUUAAAGUUAUUUAUCUGCCAGUGACAAAGCAACACAUGAACUUUUGUGCAGAACCGUGCGAGCCACACCUGCAUCCAUUUUUCUUUUUAAGACAGCGGGCAAAAGCAGCGCACAACUGGAUGUCAUUCUUGGGGAGACGAUAUUUGGUGUCGGACCUUCAGAGAACAUAAAUGUUCAUGGUGUCUUUAAAGAAACCCACCCAGAGGGGAGAGGAAACGUCAUGAAGUGGUCUCAAACAAACCUUACGUUUAAAUCGGGCAUGUUGAUGUUCUGUUGUGACAGAUUUGGUCUUUGUUUUAUUUGUUCUCUCUCUCAGAACGGCUCUAUUUUCCCCAUAGGAGUUUGUACAGAUACUUGUGUUUUUGAAGCAAAAGCAUUUUCACUGAAAGAAGUAGUAUGUUUUUCUUUGCAGGCUUAAAGAUGAAAGGGAAAUGAGAAUACAAUGAACACGUUUUAAUGUUCAGAAUUAUUAAGGAUAAAAAAACAGACCGCACAAAAUGCUUUUGAAGUCAUCAUUUCAAACUGGUGGAAAGUGGUGAUUCUAGAAGGAACCAUUAUUUCUAUCCUGUAGAUAUUUCUGAUUUUGAGAAGUGACACUUAGUUGUUGCCAUUUUUUUGUUCCAGAAAAAUAAACCACAACUAUUUUGUAUUGAAAGAA